CAGAUAAUCCGGCCAGAGGAUCGAGGUUUCCGAUUCAUGAUUAGAGCAAAAUCACGGUAAACAGUACUCACGAAGAAGAAGAAGCAUGCCCUCGGUAACUCUGCCGCCGAAGGAGAACGCUCUCUUUAAGAGAAUAUUGAGAUGCUACGAACACAAGCAGUACAGAAAUGGGCUCAAGUUUUGCAAACAGAUCCUGUCCAACCCAAAGUUCUCAGAGCAUGGCGAGACCCUUGCAAUGAAAGGACUGACUCUGAACUGCUUGGGCCGAAAGGAGGAGGCGUAUGACCUAGUGCGACGUGGCUUACGAAACGAUCUGAAGAGUCAUGUCUGUUGGCACGUUUAUGGUUUGCUUCAGCGUUCGGAUAAGAAGUAUGACGAGGCCAUCAAGUGCUACAGGAAUGCUCUUAAAUGGGACAAAGACAAUCUGCAAAUCCUCAGAGAUCUCUCACUGCUGCAGAUCCAAAUGAGAGACCUUGAAGGUUACAGGGAGACAAGGUACCAGUUACUGCAGUUGCGACCGGCUCAAAGAGCCUCCUGGAUCGGUUAUGCCAUCGCGUACCACCUUCUGGAAGAUUAUGAGAUGGCAGCUAAGAUCGUGGAGGAGUUCCGUAAAACGCAACAGACAUCUCCAGAUAAAGUGGAUUACGAGUACAGUGAGCUGUUGCUUUAUCAGAAUCAGCUGUUGAGGGAGGCCGGGCUUAUCAAAGAAGCCCUUGAUCACCUGACCAACUAUGAAAAACAGAUAUGUGACAAACUGGCUGUAGAGGAGACACGAGGUGAGCUGCUUCUCAAGUUAGAUCGAGCUGGUGAAGCUACAGAGGUAUACCACCGACUGCUGGAGAGAAACCCUGAGAAUUGGAGCUACUAUCAAGGGCUAGAGAAAGCACUCAAACCAAAGAGUGUCGAGGAGAAGCAGAAAAUCUAUGAAGAUGCCUGGGUUAAGUAUCCUAAAGGCUUGGUGCCAAGAAGACUUCCUCUCAGCUUCCUCACAGGUGAGAAGUUUAGAGAGUGUUUGGAUCGCUACCUGAGGAUGAACUUCAGCAAAGGGUGCCCACCUGUUUUUACCACACUGAAAUCACUCUACCAUCACAAAGACAAGGUAGCAAUAAUUGAGGAAUUAGUUGUGGGCUAUGAAAAAAGUUUGAGAACUUGUAAAAUGUUCAACCCAAAUGAUGAUGGGAAAAUGGAGCCGCCCACUACUUUACUAUGGGUUCAGUAUUUCCUGGCCCAACAUUUCAACCAUAUUGGCAAACAGACGCUUGCCCUCGAAUACAUCAACACAGCCAUUGAAAGCACCCCCACACUCAUAGAGCUCUUCCUCAUCAAGGCGAAGAUAUACAAGCAUGCGGGUAACAUCCGUGAAGCUGCUCGCUGGAUGGAUGAGGCCCAGGCUCUGGACACCGCUGACCGCUUCAUCAACUCCAAGUGUGCCAAGUAUUUGCUCAAGGCUGGACUUAUCAAAGAGGCUGAAGAGAUGUGUUCCAAGUUCACCGGGUUAGAAGGCACCUCUGCUGUAGAGAAUCUGAAUGAGAUGCAGUGCAUGUGGUUCCAGACGGAGUGUGCUCUGGCCUACAAGUCCUUGAACAAAUAUGGAGAGGCGCUGAAGAAGUGCCAUGAAAUCGAGAGGCAUUUUGUAGAGAUAACGGACGACCAGUUUGACUUCCACACAUACUGUAUGCGGAAAAUGACGCUGCGUUCUUACGUUGAUUUGCUCAACCUAGAGGACGUGUUGCGUUUGCACCCUUUUUACUUCAAGGCAGCACGUAUAGCCAUCGAGAUCUACCUCAGCCUUCACGAUAACCCACUCUCCGAUGAAAACAAGGAGUUGCAGGCCGAUAAUGCCAACCUAACGGACAAGGAGCUGAAGAAAUUGCGCAACAAACAGAGACGUGCCCAAAAGAAAGCCCAGUUAGAAGAGGAGAAAAAGAAUGCUGAAAAAGAAAAACAGCUUAAGAACCAAAAGAAGAAAAAGGAAGAGGAUGAGGAGGAGAUUGGAGGACCUAAGGAAGAGCUCAUACCAGAAAAACUGGCAAAGGUUGAGAAUCCUCUAGACGAAGCGGUUAAGUUCCUGACUCCUCUCAAGAACUUGGUAAAGAAUAAAAUAGACACACAUCUGCUGGCAUUUGAGAUCUACCUCAGGAAAGAGAAGUAUCUUUUGAUGCUGCAGUCGGUGAAGAGAGCUUACUUGUUGGACCCCGAUCACCCCUGGCUCCACCAGUGUUUGGUGCGAUUCUUCAAAGGAGUGUUGGACAGUAAGGACAUGCCGGAGGCAGUGCUGACGGUUCUAAAGCAGGAGAUCACAAAACUGUUUGGCGAGAGUGACCCCAAGACUUUCAACAAGAACUUCCUGAGCAAGCAUGCAAACUCAAUACCACACAGAGUUGCAGCCGCUAAGAUGAUGGUCUUUCUGGACCCCUCCUCUGAGGGGAUGGCUGCCGAACUGGCUACCUCCUUGAACGAGUCCCUAACAGGAAGAACCAGUCAGACGUGUACCGAGGUGGUCCAGGCAUUGAAGGACGGGAGUCUGGGCUUGCAGCAGGAGAAAAUUCUCGAAUCGUACCGUGCGUCUUGCCAUGGUAUCUAUCCCUACGCUUCAGCCUUCAUGCCCCCCGGUUACCAGGACAACUCUGCAGUGACCACCAAUGGAGACCUGUCCCCCUGCGACCACGAAGAUAUGCCCAAUGAGAUGUGAGCAUUUCAGAAAGGUAGCAGGGUGGCCGUUUUAUGGCCGUCAGCAUUUUGAGACCAGACGCCCCACUGAGGUUGAGACUCUACUGCACUAACGAGACCAUGGUUACCUUCCACCUUCUUUUCCACUCAUGGAAGCGAGUGAGCAAUAGGGGAAAAACCCGUUUUACAAGUUUUUUUUUCUCCUUUCUGUAUUGUUUAGCUUUUUUUCUUUUUUUUUUUUUUUUUUUUUUUUUAAUGGCCAAUGGCGUCUCUUAUGCUAGAAAAGAAUAAAUGGUAUUAAAGAGAAAGAUUGAUCAAGACGGUCACAGUGAACUCAUUGGGCCUAAUUCCUGUUUAUCAGACACACGCAUCUUGCUUCACAUGUUUUUAAGAGUAAUUUAUAUAAGAUAAUAUUAAAGAGAACCGAAUAAUAUCAGGAGGAGCAAUACUUUUGGUCCCUGUUUGACUUGCGUGGUCGUGUGCCAAACCUGUGGGGCGGACCUUUAGAUGCAGAUGACGGCACCUGUGGCGAGGGUACCUGGGAAGGGGGGGGUUGGGGGUGUGGGGAGUGUGUGGCAGUGAAUUAAUGUGGCUGGGCAGAAACUGUUCCAGGAUCAGCCACCAGGGGGAGCCAGCAGCGAAAACCCACCACGUCUGCUGGGAGGAGACGCUGAUGUUCAGCCAAUAAAUUGAUAACAGAGUCUAUUGAAAGGUCACCUGGAGUGCCGAGGAGAGGCAGACGUGCAUCUCUGUAUUUUAUUUUUAAUUUUUCCUCUUUCAUCCUCUGCUGCCUUUUUGGUUUUUCCAGUUAAUGUCUUAGAGGCGGCAGUGGCAUCUGUUGGACCUGUAGGACUUUUACUGUGACUGUUUCUGUUGGGUUUGUUUGGCAUCUUUUUUUUUUUUUUUUUUCUCCUACUCAUUGUUUGGGUUAUAAUGUUGGUUUCAAACUUUCUGCUUUCUGCAUUUUUCCCCAUAUUACAAGACUCCAUCGAACAUGCAUACCACUGUCUGGAUUCUGAGAAAAUGUCCUGUCGUUUGACACUCACACAGUUACAAAUAAAACAAAAUAACAUGA